AUGACACGUGUUGACCCUUUAGGCCUGUCAGAUAGUCAGUAUGCGAAGAAAGCGAGACGUUAUAUAGAAAUUCUAAAUAGGUUACGAGGUCAUUGUGCUCAACAAACUGUUGAUUUGCCGACUAUUGCGUUCGUUGGUAAUCAGUCCACGGGGAAGAGUAGUUUGUUGGAGGCCAUUUCCGGUGUACAGCUGCCACGCUCAGACGGCACGUGUACUCGAUGCGUCAUGGAAAUCCGCUUAAUGGAAUCAAAAGAGCCUUGGCAAUGUCAAUUAAAACUAAGAAGAGAAUAUGACGAUUACGAUGAUAAAAAACUAUCGCUCCCAGAAGAAAACUUUGGUAAUCUUAUCGAAGAUUCAGCAGAU